UGGCGGCGGCGGCACGGCGGAGCGCCCGGCGGGGCUCGGCGCGGCGGCGGCGGCGGCGGCGGCGGCGGCGGCGGCGGAGGGAGCGGAGCGGAGCGGGGCGGGCGGCGGGGGGCGGGGGCGGGGGCGGGCGGGGGCGGAGCUGUCCUUCAGCACCACCGCCCCGCCACGCGCACACGCGCGCACCCGCGCCCGCACCGGUAUCGGCACCCGCACCCACACCCGCACCCAGCAGUACGGACACCCGCACCGGUAUCGGCACCCGCACCCACACCCGCACCCAGCAGUACGGACACCCGCACCGGUAUUGGCACCCGCACCCACACCGACACCCGCACCCAGCAGUACGGACACCCGCACUGGUAUUGGCACCCGCACCCACACCGACACCCAGCAGUACGGACACCCGCACAAGUAUCGGCACCCGCACCCACACCCACACCCAGCAGUAAGGACACCCGCACAAGUAUCGGCACCCGCACCUACACCGGCACCCAGCAGUACGGACACCCGCACCGGUAUCGGCACCCGCACCCACACCCGCACCCAGCAGUACGGACACCCGCACCGGUAUCGGCACCCGCACCCACACCGACACCCGCACCCAGCAGUACGACACCCGCAGCGCUACUGGCACCUGCACCAGCACCCACACCCACUGGAACCGGCACCCACACCGGCACUCGCACCCACUGGUACUGGCACCCGCACCGCCACCCACAUCGGCACCCACACCGACACCAGUACUGGCGCCCGCACCCACUGGUACCGGCACCGGUGCCAAUAUCGGCACUUGCACGCACACUGGCGCCCACACCCACUGGUACCAACUCCCGCACUAACACCGGUACCACCACUCGCACCAGCACCCGCACCCACUGGUACCAGCACCGGUGCCAAUAUCGGCACCUGCAUGCACACUGGCACCCACACCCACCCGUACUGACACCCCCACUGGUACCGGCACCCGCACCUGUACUGGCACCUGCACUGGCACCCACACCCACUGGUACCGACACCCACACCAGCACCCGCACCAACACUGGUACCAACACCUGCACCCACUGGUACCAGCACCCGCACCAACACCCUCACAGGCACCCGCACCCACCAGUACCGACACCCACACUGCUACUGGCACCACACCCACUGGUACCGACACCUGCACCGGCACCCACACUGACACCUGCACCGGUACUGGCACCAGUGCCAAUAUCGGCACCUGCACCCACAUUGGCCCUUGCACUGACACCUGCACUGGCACCCAUACCGGUACCGGCACCCGCACCCACUGGUACCGGCACCUGCACCAGCACUCACACCAGCACUGGUACAGGUGCCCGCACCCACUGGUAUGGCACCUACACCGUCACCCUCACCCGCUGGUGCCGACACACACACCAACACCAAUACCAGCACACACACCCACUGGUACCACCACCAGCACCAGUACUGCCACCCACACCAGUACCAAUACCGCCACCCACGCUGGCACCCGCACCCACCGGUACCAGCAUCCACACCUGCCGCCAACCGCACCCACACCCUCACCCACUGCUACAGGCACCCCCACCUGUACCGAUAUCGGCACCUGCACCCACUGGCACCAACGCUGGCCCCUGCACACACCAGUACCACCACCCACACUACUACCUGCACCCACACCGGUAUCGGCCCCUACACCCACUGCCACCCACACCGGUAUCAACACCAGCACCUGCACCCACUGGCACUGGCACCAACACCUGCACCCACCGGUACCGGCAUCUGCACCAGCACCCACACCCACCAGCACCAGCACCGGCACCCACACCGGUACCGGGACACACACUGCUCACGCUCACACACACACGUACGCACCCGUGUGCACCCCCCGGCCACGCUUGUGCACACACGCACUCAUACGCACACGCAGGUGCACACGCACACACGCGCACACCCCCCCCGCCACGUGCACGCCUUGGCCACGCUCGCGCGCACACACACGCGCACACCCCCUCGUAUGGCUACGGCCACGUGUAUGCACACAUACACACGCUCAUGGUCGUGCGCACUCACGCACCCCCUUGUGCACCCCCUCGCCCACACUUGCACACGCAAACACGCACUCUCGCACGCGUAUGCACACAUGGGUGCACGCGUACACAGGGGCACGCACCCAUGUGCACCCCUCUCCAGGCUUGCGCACACACUCAUACGUGCACACCUACACCCACGCACACCCAUGUGCACGCCUACACAGCCACGCAUAAGCACACGUAUAUGCACACACGCACACUCACGUGCGCACAUACACACCCGCGUGCACCCCCUCACCCACACUCACACACAAACGCACGCACACUCGGGUGCACAUGCAGAAACAGGUGCACGCAGACACACGUCCACACGCGUGCACACCCAUGGGCACCCCUCACCACGCUUGCGCACACACUCAUACGCGUAUGCACACGUAUAUGCACACAUACACACGCUCGUACGUGUACACACAGGUAUGCGCACAGCUACACACCCGUGUACACCCCCUCACCCACAUGCACCCACAGAGACACACUCAUAGGCAUAUGCACACACACGUGCACACACAUGCACACUCGCACCCGUGCGCACAUGUACACACCCGUGCCUGUGCACACGUAUGUGCUCACGCUUGUGUGCGCACGUACGCAGCCAUACACAUGUACAUGUACACACCCCCCCACGCACACACAUACACAUCCCCUCGCCCAUCCUUGCACACACCCACACACACUCUUAUAUGCACAUGUACACCCCCCCCAGGUACAUACACACCCCCUUGCCCACACUUGCACACAAUCACUUAUAUGCACAUGCACACGGGCAGCUCUGGGCUUCAUCCCGCCACCUUCAUGCCCUCCUCUGCCUCCUCUGUGUCUGCAGGGGCAGCUCUGGGCUUCAUCCCGCCACCUUCAUGCCCUCCUCUGCCUCCUCUGUGUCCACACCGGCAGAGACACGCAGACCAUGACCGACCACCUGAAUCACAGGCUCGUUUUAGCUCGGACUGCCAGAUUUGUGGCGUCGACCGCCUCUCCAGGAAACCUGUUCCAGCGUUUGACCCCCUUCUCGGCUGUCACCGGCCUCAGGACUGUUCUGCCCGAUAAGCAUGCGUUCGCGGGUGGAGACGGGCAGCAGGUCCAGAUGGAGAUGUUGCUCCAUGAGCCCAGCAGACCAUCUCCCGCCGUGGUCUUGAAGGACCCGGAGGCGCAUGGAGGCUCCCUGGGUACCACCAAGGGUACCACCAAGGAGAGCAGCAUCUUCCGUGCAGACAGCCUGGCGAGUCCAGAAGAGGCGGGUACCCGUGGUGGAUCCCAGCAGCCAGCAGUGCAGAUCCUGGACCUGGAAUCACAGGGUGCUCCCAGCGACACCAGCAUAGCCUUUGAGGUGGUGGCCCUCAAAUUUCUGCCGUGGCAGCGCACCUCAGGGCUCCCGAGCAUGUUUAAUGACUGA